AAAUUUAUUCGCCAAUUUUUCGCUUUCUGACCAAAUUGAAAUGAUAACAGUCGACGCCUGUUGUUGUGGUUGCACCCUCAAACAGGGUUGUCUCUUUUAUGGCUAUUGGGUUAUUAUCGUUGAGAUAAUAACGUGGAUAUUGUGGAUGAUUUUCUUGGACUUUAUUGUCAUAUUCUAUGCGUUGUUUUACGGACUCGUUUAUAUACUUGGCGGUAUAUUCUUGCUGUGUGCUAUCUAUAAGCACAAAAGGAAUUUAAUGAUAGUAUCCAUGUUAAUAACUGCGUUGUAUUGCGUAACACUGGUGGCGACUCUUUUGGGCAUACCUUGGAGUUCAUUUCUGUUCCAUUACAGCAUUCCACUUUUAUUUUCUUCUCGUACAGUAUUCCUACUAUCUGAAAUUCUUUGCAUCGCCACCAGAGCAGCCAGCAAAGCCGGCACCAAAGCCAAGGAUUGAAGAGAUCAGACAAAUUUUUUAAAACGCUGGAGAAAAGUCAAUAAUAAUACUGCCUGGAAACAACCACAUGACAAUCUAUUUAAUGUCCAGAUCCAGCAAUGUAACCCAAUAAGCAAGCCCAGAGACUUAUAUAAUGAGCUUUUAAAUUAUUUGUGGAUAGAUUUGCUUCAAUAAAGUAGUAUUCUUUCUCAGUAAA